UCGGUGAAUACCUUGAUCACCAUAGCCAGUAGGACUGAACCAAAUGUCCCCCCUCCAUUUCAUCCAUUACGUUGCCUGCCUGCCACGUACAGACUAAACUACCUUACCCUGUCACCGAGAACUGGGUCACGUACUGUGUUUGUCUGCCUAUCUGAGGCUCUCGAUCGAUCUUUUCUUUUAAAUGUUCCAGCCUCGCCUGGUGUGCAGAGGGUUGUUACACCCGGACAAGAUAAUGUCAAAUCAUGACUGGCCGUAGGGGACCCCAUGUACGACACAAUCGUCCACCAUUCCCUAAGUAAUAAUAUACUCUGGCUCUCCCCCGCCAGCUCGCCAGCCGCUAGGCAUCUUUCCCUCUGCAUUUUUCCGCUCAGCACUAGGAAAAAGAAAGAAAGGAAAAACAAGAGAAGAUUUUGCGUUUUUGCACGACUGCGGCAAGGCACACCGUCAUGCCGGCAUUUUCUCCGCUGACGCAACAACAGAUGGUGAACGGGUUGGUUGGCAGAGAUCUAACAUCGACUUCAAAUAUUACAACCCAAGGACUUCAACUCGUUUGUGCUUGGCCCGUAUCAGGUCAAUAUGGGCCCGGUUCCAGAAUCUUGGCCCGUAGCGCCUGGAGCCAAGCUCUGGGCGCCCAACGCCAACGCAUGGCAGGUUCCGUUUGCACUACCCAAAGCAGCUGAAGAGAUGUACUACACCCUUGUGGCGGCUUGUGUGCUCGCUCGAAAGGCUGCAUGGUUACGCGACGCUUGCUUGGCUGCGGCUCUAGUGUUUCCCGCCGUCGCAGCCCUACACGGCAUCGUACUGGCGUGUCUACACCAAGAUGGCGCCGUUGAUAUGGACGUCUAUGGGGCUUUUCAGCUUUCCGCAAUCGCCAUUCUGGCUGCCCCAGUAACAGUCCGCGUAUCCGAUACAUACUUUUUCGGACCAGGCCGAAAUAUCAUUUUUGUAUGGACCGGUAUAAUCCUGGCCGGUAUGCUGAGUCUCACCGUGGAGUUUUAUCGCAGCAAUGCCAUCCACUGCGACGAGAGCAACUGGGGCAACUUCACCUCGUAUAACCCGGCAGAUUUCCCUUAUUCUGUCGGGAAUCUGUGUGGAAUCACCUGCUCAGAGGAACAGGGUCCUUUUUCUCCCAUGAGAAAGGAGGCAACAGCCGAGAUUUACAUAAUACCGGCACCUGUCAAAUUCAACUUUGGCACGGCUACACUCACCGCCGCAGCUUGUUGCAUCCCGGCUAUUCUCUCGCUUGCGUCUUUGAUGAACAAAAUACGCGAGUUCAACUGGAGAAGAUCCCGCAUGGGUGGCUGGCGCGAUUCCAAGCAGGAUCCUGGCUUUGACGAGCCCAUCGAUGGAUUCCACGGCGCCACUUUCAGGACCAUGAACAGCGUCAACAACAAUGUCCGUCAUCUUUUGCGGUUCAUCGAGAUACCUCUGUUUGCCGCCGCCAUCGCCGCCAUCCUGAUUAUUGGCGAGCUGAACCUCUGGGAUCCGCAUAUCGUCCAUGGUACUGAGCCGAUAGCAAGCAUUGGACAGUGGGCACCCAUCGUUACAGCUGGACUGGCAGCAUUGGGAUCUUUGUACCUCUUAAUUGAAAAGGAUGCAACUGCGGCAGAGAUGGAGGAAGAGGCCAGGCAGACUGGAAAUUCACCUGGCACAGGAUGCUGCAGCUGCCCACACCACAACGGUCAAUGGUCAUCUCCCAUCGACUCACAUAACCACCACCCUUGGUCUGCCGGGACCACAGAACCCUUGCGAACCUUUGACACGGCCGGCGAUGGUAGCAAUACUUCAUGGUCUCCAAUCCUUGCCAGGCAGGGCAGUCGAAUGAAGAUUGCCAAGUACGUCAACAAGAUUGGCAAAGCCAUCAGCACCCCCGCAUCCGACUUGGACGACGCUUCAUUCCGGGCAGGACCCGCGGGCGACUUUCCCGAAGCCCCUGGGGAGCGUCUAAGGGAUCCGAGGAUUCAAGAGAUCCAAAAGGUCUACAACAUUUGGCGGGACGCAAACGGAAACGUCAUACCCUCACGGACACACAGCGUCGCCGGGAGUAGGACUGCAUCCCCACAACCUUCAGCAUUUAACCGUACGAGAUCUGCCAGUCCUGGCCCUCUACCAAGGAUCCCACCGAGAAGUAGCACCUUGCAGGACAGGAGGUCAAACGCAUCCGACAUGCCACAGCUUUCCUUGACCAUAUCCGCACCAGCUCCCGCAAUGGCCAGAGGGAGGGCUCCAGUUCGGCGGCGGGCGACACUGGAGGUCCCUGCGCAGAACUUUACGAGCUCAGAUGGGCUCCAGGUGUCCUCCCCUGCGAUCGUCAUUUCGGCCUCCUCGGACGGCGAAUCAGCUACUACCACACCUAGGACGUUGUACAGUGAACCUUUAAAAAUCGCUGCCGCGUCUUCAUCCUCGCCGACAUGAUUUAAUCAGGUCACCUCCCCAACAUCUCAACGCAUGGCUCAUCUCAUCACAUGCCACUAGCAAUUUUCUUUUUCAUCAGACCUUCCCUUCGUGCCUAAGAUGGCGAGUUCGGACGCACCCAACGACGACCACUCUCUCCAUGGAAAGAUUGCCCUACACUCAGAUGAAACGAUCUUCAGGCCCCCUCGGGGUCCGACCACCACACCCCAAUUGCACCAAUGCAUCUGAACAAACAUGAGACGAUAUCACGUGCUGGCUCGCCACUGGGUGUGCCACUGGAACUGCCGGGCUAUUCGAGUCGGCGCCACGAAUCAGAAUGUCUUCGUUGUUGCCAUAAGGAUCCAGCUGGCAUGCCGAGAGAUGACAGCUCUGCUUAAAGGCCCGAAACCAUAUCCUAUCCCUGAUGCUUGCGACCGAGGAGGGCUUGAUGGCUAUGUUGAAUCGGGUCCUAUAUGCCCCGCAAAGACGCAAGCCACAUGGCGUAUCCUCAACGGUGAACUUGCAUACAGGCUGAAGGUAGUCGGCCCCGGCCCUGAUACCCCGAAGAAGUUUUCGAUCGCGGACAAUCCGAGCAAAAACCAAAAAAGGUGAUAUUGCGUUCGGGCCUCCUCGCUUUUGCCUCGCGAGACGAGCAUGUCUCUGGAUAAUUCACGACUUUCUUUGUGUUAUUAACGAUUUUAGCCUUUCGAUACCGUCAUUGUAAAGAAAUAAUUAUCAGUGUUGAAAGUUUGCCUAUGUGUUAUUUAAUAUCACAGUUUCCUGUUCAAGUCUUGUAUAUAGAUCUAGCGUCAUAAUCUUGGCGAUGCUAGCCUUUUUCUUUUUUUAUCAAGAUGGUGGGCUGCAUUUUCUUUCUUAUUUCAGGGUUUAGACAACGGGUGGGCAGCCAGUACAAACAUACUUGGAUUUUGAGAAAGGGGAAAGAUAAUGCUCAAGUACCCCACCUUGUCUUGCAACACAGGGCAAGGUGAGUGUAACUCUGUUUUUUUUUUUUUUUUUUUUUUUUUUUUUU